AAGAGAACUGAAGAAAGAAAUGGUAAUGAUAGAUGACAAGUAAACAUCCGUCAAACCAAAAUCUACUAUUUUGAUAAAAAAAUUAAUUCUUGUUUUACUUAAUUAAAUAUGAAAAACUGAAACCAAACACCCAAUCCUCUAUCUGUUGUUUGUAAUAUAGCGUGCAUAAUACAUACAAAUGGCUAAUAAUCCGGAUUUUGGUUUCGAUGAGUACUGUGAUCCAUCCAACCCACGAAAGAUCAAGUACGAUGACAUAGUAGCGGCUUCUAGACGAAUAGUCGGUGCUGUGUGCAAAACGCCACUACUAAAAGCUCAUAUGUCAGAAAAACUGGGUAUGGAUAUAUAUAUGAAAACUGAAUCCAUGCAGAUGACUGGAUGCUACAAAGAACGUGGAGUACGCAAUACGUUGAUGCAAUUAAGUGACGACCAAAAGAAACUCGGAACUAUCACUGCCACAGCUGGCAAUCAUGGCAUAGCCAUGAGCUACCACGCUGCACAAAUGGGUAUACCCUGUAUUGUAGUGAUGCCAACUAUUUCACCCUCCAAUAAAAUUGACAAAGCACAAAAGUUUGGAGCGAAAGUAAUACUUCAUAGCAAUAACGUGCUAGAUGCAAAAUCACAUGCUAUGUUGAUAGGAAGAGACAAAAAAAUGUUGUAUGUUAACGGUUUCGAUCAUCCACAUGUAAUAGAAGGACAUGGCACCGUCGGUCUAGAAAUAAUGGAGCAAUUACCCUUGGCUGAUGCAGUAUUGGUGCCAGUCGGUGGCGGUGGUCUUAUCACUGGCGUAGCUAUUGCCAUCAAACACCUCAAACCUGACACUGAAAUUUACGGUAUAUCAACCGACAAAACUUGCAGCAUGGCAGAAUCUCUUAGGAAAAAUGAACGAGUUUUCCUCGCAAUCGAAAAUACCAUAGCUGAUGGACUCGCCGUACAAACGGUUGGAGUUAACACUUUUCAUAACUUAAAAGGUCUUGUGGACAAAAUGGUUAUAGUAAAGGAGGAUUGGGUGGCUAGGGCUAUAACGCACUUAAUAGAAGACGAAAAACUCGUAGUGGAAGGAGCUGGUGCAGUAUCAAUGGCUGCAAUUAUGGCUGGAAUGUUUCCAAAUUUGAAAGGAAAAAAAGUAGUGUGUAUUAUAUCUGGAGGCAACAUCGAUACGACUAUUCUAUCGCGAACACUCGAACGUGGCAUGGCCGCUGAGGGCCGGCUGAUGAAGUUUAAGGUGUCCAUUCAGGAUAGGCCCGGCGGAAUGGCCGACCUCUGCUCUCUUCUGGCAGGUAUCGGAGUAACAAUAAGAGACUGUCUGCCCGAGCGUACGUGGGUGAAAGGCGACGUCUUCAGCGUGCAGAUGAAAGUAGUAGCUGAAACUAGAGGUUGGGAUCAUUCAAAAGAAAUGAUAGAGCAAAUAAAAAAACAUUACAAAGAAUAUUACUUCCCCGACAUGAGUGAUCGCACCGAAAAGUUGUCUAAUGCUCGACGUGGUCCUUGCCUAGCACCCAAUCCUGUCUGUAUGCAAAAGUAAAUUAUAAAGUUGAAAUAGUAUACUCGUAUAUAUGGUAGAAUUGAUAAUACCAGUAUAACGAUUUUGAGACGAUGACCCAUUCUGUCCAUUGGUCGUGGUCAUGGAGUUUGUGGUGUUGUAUGCCCAAAAUUGAAGACGAUGAAAGUA